UGUUGCGGGAAUUGUGUUUUAUAAAUUACGCUAAGUGCUCCGACUGACUUCAGCUGUGUAACGUUAGCCGUUAGCUCGGUAACGUUGUUGUUGGGUCGGUUGUCUCCUGCAGUAUAAAGCAGCAAUAGUGUUCAAUAGUUACAUUUUGAUUUUACACAUUGUUUGCUCUGUGUAUCUGUCUGAGCUUUAUUGUUGUAGUUAGCUACCACAGCCUAUUUUAGAGCGGAAGCUGAACCCGUGAAGGACACACUGUUUUCUAAUCUGUAACGUUAUUUGUCAGGUCUUACCCGAUCUGUGUUUACUUUCUUCAGAUGCUCUCUGUUAUAUUUAGAAGAAGCACCUUUGCAGCCCAGAAGGUAUGGCAUUGGGCAGGUCCUCCAAAAGGAUGCUGGACAUCAGCCCUGAGCCGAGCCUCUGCUGGUGGAUCCAGCUCCCUGCAGACCUGCUGGGCCUCAACAACAAGAAUGCCAUUUUCAGAAAGAGACAACGGACGAGUAAAACCUCCAGCUGUCCUCGGUUGCAGGAGGAUUGAGCUCUUCCAGAGGACCCAGACUCAUGCAGCUCCAUGUUUAGUGAAGAACCAGCACUUCCACUCCUCUGCCGUGAGGCUGAAAAAGAGACCACAGCUUGAAGCUCCCAGAGAGCUGGAUCUGCUGCGCUAUGACAUGAAGGCCUUGUGGCAAAGUCCCAAACCUGCCCUGUACCUGGGGUUUGCAGGGCUGCUUCCCUUUGUCGCCCCCACUCUGCUCAUGGCUGUGACUGAGUGCUAUUUUCCAGAGGUAGCCUUUGCUCAGUUAGCUUACGGCGCCUCCAUCGUUUCCUUCCUGGGUGGAGCUCGCUGGGGAUUCACUCUUCCUGAGAGCAGCCCAGCCAAACCUGACUGGAUAAAUCUGGCCAAUAGUGUGGUUCCCCCCUUGUUAGCAUGGGUGUCCAUGUUGAUGAGCGACAACAUUGUUUCUGCAACCGCCAUGGUUAUCAUUGCACUAGGAAUCUCUCUGCAUUAUGAUCUGGCUUUGCUGCCCACUUACCCCAACUGGUUCAAAGCUCUGCGCGCCAUCCUGACCAUUGUGGCAUCUUUUUCUCUACUUGGUACACUCAUAAUUAAUGGAACAUACCCAGAAAAGAAGCUAUUCUCAGAUUAAAUAGUAUAAAAAUAUAUAAAACUGUUAAACAACCAUGUUUUUAUUUGAUCAUGUCAUAUUUCAAUAUGAUGUUGUUCAUCAGGUCCUUACUUUAAAGCCUCUGUGUAGAAGUUGUGUAUGUUAGUGUACCAAAUACUAAAUCUAAUUAUUCUGAUGAAAUAAAAAACGAAUGUUUUAGGCUACCACUAGGAGUCGCCCAAAUCAGGAAAUGUCAAAUGCCACACAUCAAAAUAGACUGAUAAUGUGGAAGUUCUUACUCAAUGAAUGUCAAAUAAAUUCACUUUUGUCAUUCAA